AUGAGGAACUCACCAGGACGUGGCGCACCCCCUACUCAGCCCGUGUUAAUCCCUCUACUUCCACCGCUCUCACCACUGUUGACGGGGCUGCAGAAAAGAGGUUAUCGAAAGCUCCCCCCUCUGGAAGAGGUGAUCACUGCGCAUCUGUGCCCUUCAUCGGCCCAGGGGCUGAAAGCCCAUGCAGUGCAUCCAUCUAAGCCCUGCAGGACUACCUCAGCCCUAGCAAACAGGGCUUAUUCCGCAGUUGGCCAGACUGGCUCAGUGCUUCACAAGAUGGCGGUGCUUCAAGUGUUCCAGUCCAAACUUCUCCGCACCAUGGACGAGUCCAGCCAGAGUUCUGAUGCCUUUAGAGAACUGCGCACAGCGACUGACCUGGCUCUGCGCACUACUAAGGCCACUGCGCAGGCGAACGGCAAGGCGAUGGCCAAUUUGGUGGUGCUGGAGUGCCACCUUUGGCUGAAUUUGACAGAGAUCAGGGACUCUGACAAGGUCGCCUUCUUACACUCGCCUAUCUCUCCUAAGGUACUCUUUGGCCCUACCAUGGAUGGGCCACCUCAGCCUAAACCUGAGCCUGGGCCCCGGAUGGUGAAACGCUACCCGUUUCCGAAGCACCAAGGUCCCCGACCCAGAGUGACGUUGAGCCUCAGAAGCCGUCCUGAUCUGAAUGCAGAGAGGAAGAGGAGAGGUUUAUGUCCUCAUUUAGUGAGACGGCAGACGCUGAAAUCGCCACAAGCGUCAGGCGCGCUUCAGUACAAGUGCCACUGCUCAUCUGUUUCACAUUAUCACAGAAUGCUGCUCUAUCUUCUGUUCUGGAUGAGUCUAUUUCUGUUGAUUACAAACGGUGAAAGAGGAUUUUAUGGGAAUCAUUAUGGCGAGUGGAAUGAUUCGCAACUGCAGCCCACCAUACAGAAGCUGAUGAAAGGCUACAAUCGAUACCUAAGGCCAAACUUUAACCAGGGGCCUGUUGAAAUUGGAAUGAGUCUGGAUAUUGCCAGUAUUGAUGCCAUCUCUGAGAUUAACAUGGACUACACAGCCACUAUCUUCCUAAGACAACGAUGGCGAGAUUCCCGCCUCAUAUUCCCUGGAAAUGAAAGUCUGAGUCUGGACGGACGGCUGGUUUCAUUGCUGUGGAUCCCUGAUACGUUCAUCCCCGAUUCUAAGCGUUCUUUCCUUCAUGAUGUAACUGUGGAGAACCGUCUGAUCCGCAUCUUCAGCAAUGGCACUGUGCUCUACGCUCUUCGCAUAACAGCAACCAUCGCCUGCAACAUGGACCUCACCAAGUAUCCUAUGGAUAGACAAGAGUGUACUUUGCAAUUAGAAAGCUGGGGCUAUAAUUUACAGGAUGUAGUGUUUUACUGGACCCGAGGGAAUUACUCAGUGAAGGGGUUAGAUACACUGCGUCUGGCCCAGUACAGUGUGGAGAGCUACUACACAACCGUAUCUGAAGCUGUGUAUGAAACAGGUUUUUACCCGAAGCUAGUGCUGCACUUCUCUUUACGUAGAAAUGUGCUGUUCUUCAUUCUGGAGACAUAUGUGCCCUCAACACUGCUGGUGGUUCUGUCAUGGGUGUCUUUUUGGAUCAGUCAGUCCUCCGUUCCAGCUCGUACCUGCAUCGGGGUGACCACCGUUCUUACCAUGACCACACUAAUGAUGGGUGCCAGGACCUCGCUUCCCAAUGCCAACUGCUUCAUUAAGGCUAUCGACGUCUAUCUCGGCAUCUGUUUCACCUUCAUCUUUGGUGCUCUGCUGGAAUAUGCCUGUGCUCAUUUCUGCACCAUGCAGCACCAAACCAUUGAAGAUGUGCAAAGGGAACUGCUCAAAGAAUUUGAGGAGUCAAAUGGUAUGACUCACUUGGCAAAUUCAACGUCACCCAAAAAGAUGCAGACCGAAGAAUCCACUCACCAGGAGACGCCAGAACAAUCUGUGUCAUGCGAAGGGAAUGAGGCCACAGACAAGAAGAAAGAGAAGGGGUGCGGUUUGUCCUCCGUAAAGCAAAUGUCUCGCCGAGCAGCAUCCAUGAUGAGUGUCGAGAAUCCUAACAACAUCGACAGACAUGCACGUGUAUUUUUCCCCAUGGUAUUUCUCCUUGUCAAUAUUUUCUACUGGCUCUACUACCUUUUAUUCUAAUGGAUGAACCACUCUUAAUGAACAAAGUAUUGCACAAAUGACUGUAAAAGUGAAAAGACUGUUGACUCCCUAUCAAUUACAGUUAAAUAGUGGCCUAUAACAAGGACCUGGACUUGGUUCAUUGUUGCACUGAAGAAAGUAGGCCUAUUUUUACACAACAAUGAAAGUGAAGAUCACAUGGACACACAAAAAUUACCAUACAGACUCAUUUGUAGCAGGACACAAAAAAGGACGCUGUUCUAGGCGUCCACUCUUUGAUUUAGCCUAUUUAAGGGUUCAAAGCUUUACUUGUUUUUUCUUCUUGCUUUGUUUUGCUAGGUAAACGUAAUGCGCUAUAAGGCUGAUGUAAACUCCAUAAGCACUGACCAUAAUAAAUGGCACUAAGUAAAACCAAUAAUGGUCAGUGUAUGCAUGUCAUUAUGUACAGUGCGGUCCGCAAGUCUGAUUCAGGUGUAAUUCAAACCUGUAAAUAAAAAAAA